AUGAGCAGCAUUGUCCUAACACACCAUAUUGGGUAUUUGAGAUCAAUUCUUCCUGCAUCGCGUCUGUCAUAUCACGCUGGGAGAGCUGCGUCGGUCAACACAGCCAUUGCUCGCGGCAUUCGAAAAUCCAAAGGACUCGCACUUCGCGGAAGCGAGCGCAGACAAGACGAUCCGCGCCAGCAAUACAUUGAACGAAAUGGCUUACGUGCCCGAGACAGAGAACUCGAUCGCGGGAGUCGAGAGGACCGCCCCUCCAGAGCCAUAAGUGCAGAAGAAAAGAGAGCGCCUCGGAAAGCGCCUUGGAUGCAGAGAGGUUCCCAAAAAGGAAAGCAAGGCCAUCCACGAACACCAUUUGACAACCAACGAAGCUUCAGUUCACCUGUGCGACAGGCAGACAGAAACUCCUUUGAAAGCAGGGAUACUCCAAAAUUCAACCCCAGGCAUCCUCACCACUUCCACGAUCCCCAACCUCGAGAAUCUUUUGCGGAAUCAUAUGGAGAGAGGCGCCGAAAUGCGUCUAGUUUCCAACAUUCUUCUUCAAACGGUGAUUCAACAUCCCCGAAGAGGAAAUGGGAGCGACGACCGAUGGAAAUAGUUAAGGGCCGGGGCCGUUUCAAGUCAGGAGAGAAUUCGCUGGGAAAUAGUGAUUCAGCAUACCAGAAGAGACAAUGGGAGCCAAGGCCGAUGGAAAUAGCUGAGGGUCGGGGCCGCUUCAAGCCAGGGGAGGCUUCGCUGAGAAAUGGUGAUUCAACAUACCAGAAGAGACAAUGGGAGCCAAGGCCGAUGGAAAUAGCUGAGGGUCGGGGCCGCUUCAAGUCAGGGGAGGAUUCGCUGGGAAACGGUGAAAGUACAUCUAAUAUAAGCAGGCAUCGGGGUCCGAAAGGAAGGUCUUUUUUGACAGAAGGACUGGAGGGAGACGGCGCACCCUCCAUGGAUGCAGGAGUCAGGUCAUACAAGCAAAAUAGCCCAGUGGCACGACGGGGAAGUGACCAUAAUGAUUCCUCUGAAGAUGGGAACAGAUUCUCGAUGACCCCUCUCUUUGAAACUGGUCCACGAACCGUCAAGAGUGGCCCUCGAAUUCCCGUUUCUAUACCGUAUACAACACCAGCAUCAGAGUUCUUGUAUGGAACUUCGGUUGUAGAAGCCGCGUUGACUUCAAGAAGGAUACCGAGAAGACAACUUUACAAAUUAUACAUUUACACGGGCGAGAAUCGGGAGCAAUCCAGCUCAGAUCGUGACGUUGAUCUUGAGGCUCUGGCAAGAACGAACGGGGUAAAGGUUUCUCGAGUAAAUGGCGAUGGAUUGGGGCUUAUGGACAAGAUGAGUGGGGGACGACCUCAUAAUGGUUACAUUCUAGAGGCAUCACCACUUCCACGACUACCCAUCACAAGUUUAGGCUCAACUGUUGAUGAAGAUGGGCGAAGAGGAUUCAAUGUCACAGUAGACUUCCAAUCACGAGAAGAUGCCGCGGUCAACGGCACAGCUGAUUUCAUCAACCUCCCAGGGUCCCGACGACAGCCAAUGGUUCUCUUGCUGGACAGCAUUCAAGACCCUGGAAAUCUUGGAGGUAUCAUUCGUACCGCGUCAUUCCUUGGAGCCAGCGCUGUUGCAAUUUCAACUCGCAAUAGCGCAUCUUUCACCCCCGUUGUUCUGAAAGCUUCCGCAGGUGCUUCUGAAAACAUUACUUUAUUCUCCAUAAGCAACCCCGAAGCCUUCAUCCAAGCAUCUCAUGAAGCAGGGUGGAAAAUAUAUGCCGCCGUAGCGCCAGCAGGAAAAGGCGCCCGGCAAACCAACAAGUCAGUAUCAACUGACGAGUUGGAUGACCCUCUUGCCCGGAAUCCUUGCCUUCUCAUGCUGGGUGGAGAAGGCGAUGGUCUCCGAAUGAAACUUAGAAGGAAAUCUGACAUCAGGAUUUACAUCCCUGGUCGUUCUCAAAAAUCCUCCGUGGAUAGUUUGAACGUCAGUGUCGCAGCGGGAAUCCUCUGUAAUGCUUUCUUGGGCCAGAAUAGACCGGCUAUCACACCACCAGUGGAUGAAGUGGAUGGUGAUGUAGAAGAAGCGCGAGGGAAGAACCCUGAUGAUCUGUUUUAG